AUGCAAACCUUCUCCGCUGUCCUCCUUGCUUUGGGUCUCUUCUCUGGAGCUUCCGCUCAAUUGGCUGCCUGGCCAUCCCAGAGCUAUUCUCCAUUCUACCAAGCUCUCUUCGGAGGAGCUAGCACCCCAGUCCUUUCUGCACCAGUAGCCAAGACAGCUCCAUCAGCUAUCCCACUCGCUGCUCCAGCUCUUCCAGUCCUUGCUGCUCCAGCUCCACUCCUCGCUCCACCAGCACCAGUGCUCGCCGCUCCAGCUCCAGUUCUUGCUGCUCCAGCUCCACUUUUGGCACCACCAGCUCCAGUCUUCGCUGCUCCAGCUCCAGUCCUUGCUCCAGCUGCCCCAGUGCUCCGUGGUCCAGCUUACGCCUACGCCCCAUCCCCAGUCCUCGCCCCAGUUGGAGUUGCCCCAGUUGCCCCAGCUCCAGUGUUUGCUGCCCCAGCUCCAGUCUUCGCUGCUCCAGCUUUGGCUCCAGUUGCUCCAGUCCUUGCUGCACCAAGACUCGUUCCAGCAUACGCACCAUUCGCUCGUGCUGCCAUGUUCAUCGGAUCCAACAAGGCCAAGACCGCAUAA